AUUGUUUUAGACUUUUUCGAAUCAUAAACUACUGUCUUUAACAAGAUGGCUGUAAAGAAAUAUCCAUGGUUUUUGACUUGCAUCUAUGUAAUGAGUCAUGGAUGGCAAUUCUUAUCUGCAGCUCCACCAGUUAUGGAUGCUUUCAGCGAUGACAUCAACUCGUGUUUAUUUUCUAAGUGGAAGUCAGUGGCAAUAUCUGGCAACGUGGAAUGUCAAAGCUAUGGAUCUGACUUCAAACCGCUAUGCUACGGUCUGAAAUCCACAGGGCCUGCUUUGUUUGCUGUGUGUUACGACACAAAGAAGCAGAUACCUGCCUUUACUGCGCAUGUCGUUAAGCCUGUCACUGGUUCUUCAAGUGAUCGUCCAACAUUUAGGAAAGAUAAAGGAAAACAUGCGCCAACAUCUCAAGCAGAACUCAAUGAUUACUCAGCAACCCAACAGGAUGUGGACUUCCCCGAGUUUGACUUCAAAAAGAACUUCUACUGUGCCAAGGGUCACUUGGUACCAAAUGCUGACUAUGGCACCAACGCUGAUGAAGCUGCAACCACCUUCAUUCUAACCAAUGCAGCACCACAAUGGCAGCUAUUCAACGGUGGAAACUGGCUUAUUAUGGAGAAAGCAGUCAGGGAUUACUCCAACAAACAAAACACAGACCUAUACGUCUUCACUGGAACAGGUGGUCAAGCAGAGAACUCUGGAGGCGCUGUUUACAAAAUGAAARGCAAGGUCACGGCUCCUAAGUACUAUUGGAUCCUAGUAUGYGAUGUGAAGAUCAAACAGAUGAUCAUAUUUGUUGGUACGAAUCCUGUGGGAAGCCAGAGCACUGCUAAGGAAAAAGGCUGCAGUAGCAAUCACACUGUGAGGCUUGGUGUAGUGAAGUGCUACAGUUAUAACGAUGUGGAAGACAAUAAAGAGUACUCGGACUUCAAACUUCCCAAAAUGUACAAAGCUAAUUGCCCAACCAACAAGAAAGGGACGUUCCUUGAUCCUAAAUUUAGCUAAAAACGUAUGCAGUAUCAACAUGCGAUCUUAAGGAAACAAAAUUGAUUGAAUUGAUGAUAAAUAUCAGUUCAUAUUCAUGAUAUAUUGAGUAAAGCAUUGCCAUCUAAAACAGCUAUAACCAAAUAAAAGAUUUGUAGACAAAAAUAAUAAUUGUAAACACAGUACAGAAAUAAACCUUAAUACAGGUCAAAACCAAAUAACAUCUUAAUUUAUUAAACUGAAUUAU